CCGACCUUUGUGCUCGUCUCCCUUAUACAAGGCAGCUACCCAGCACUGUAUAUACAUAUUCCAAAAUGGCCUAUCGUAGUAACUUCAACACACUAUCACAUCGUGUCCCCAGCCUCCUCGCCGUCACCACCAAGCGGCAAGUCCAACCAUGCAUCUCGUCAAGGUACGCGACAGCCAGAUCAAUGGCCCUGAUGCCCCAUAUGCACCGAGGCCCCUCCGCCAUAAAACGUCUCCUGGAUGACUACGAUCGCUAUCUAUCAGGCCAUGCCCUUGACCCUCACCCUCGGGCCUACGCGCCGACCUUCGACAUGCGAGAAUCGAAGGAGGCCUACGAGCUGGAGGGGGAGCUCCCUGGCGUGAAGCAGAGCGACGUCGACAUCGAGUACAUCGAUACGCACACCAUCGUUAUCAAGGGACACACGGAGCGGGCCUCGCAGUUGGAUGAGGGGUCCUGGUGGAUAUCCGAACGGUCAACGGGGGAUUUCCGUCGGUCAUUCAGCUUCCCAUCCACUGUGGAUCCUGAAAAUACUCGGGCGCGACUAAGAGAUGGGGUGCUUUCGGUGACGAUUCCGAAGGUAGGUUCGACUUGGGAGGCGAAGAAGGUGAAGGUGGAGGAUGAGUGAUGGAGCAGGAGGAAUGUAAGCUUGGGAUAGUGUUGGGAUUGACACUUGAGACACUUUUUCUGCCUGAUUCUUUGCUUUGAGGCCAUUCUGCGGUUCUUUAUAAGUCGAUCCCUUCGCUUGCUCUGUUUCUUCCUCGUGGACACCGAAAAUGGCCUCGUCGUCAAGGUGGGAGAACUGAAAUUUUACACACCGUUCGGAGCUUUGGUGUUUGGGCUUUUCUUUCUUUCUUCUUCUUUUUUUUUUAUUUGAAUGGGAGUUGAUUGAACGGGGGAAAAAGUCGAAGUUUUUAUUUUAUAUUUUAUAUCCUCUAUAUAAUGAAUAUCUGAAGUCUAUGUUAGAAGAGGUUCAGGUAUACUACAUGAACAUCGAAAUGGCCAAUGUACUCAUCCCUUGCGUCGCAAAAAUAAUGCAGUUCUGCAUAUUUGGUCUAUAUUACAAGUACAUGUUUGCUCUCAUAGUACAAGAGUUGUGACCCAUUUUCUUGUUCUGGUAAAUAUGACGCCACCGGGUGCUAUACAGGCUCAUUCCCGGCAAAGCUAUCCAGCGCGUAGCGUAAAGCAUCUCCCACCCAACGAGAGGCAGGCUAAGGGGAUUGUGGUAACAGACACCUUUGGGACUUCCAUCUCACGAUUUGGGUCAUUCCCCUCAUGCGAC